AUGGCCGCGGGCAUUGUUCCUGGCGGCCAGCCAGCCCAGCCAGCCCAGCCAAACCCUCCCACACAGCAAAGGCAUCCGGACGGCAUCCCCGACGACGAUGAGGGCGACAGCUCGCCCAACCAGGCCGAGGAUGGCGUCGAGGACCAGGAGGACGCCCUGGCAGUGCUGCAGCCCGCUAUGAGCGCGACAGCUAGCCACAUGGCCUCGCCACACACGCCCGCCACAGAAAAGGCCGCGGCGCUGGAGAAGAAGGGCCCCUUUGGCGGCUCCUUGCCCGAGGACGACGGAGAGGAAGACGACGCGCGUGGCGACCUGUCCCCGGGUCCCCCCAAUCGUCACUCCAGAGCGUCUAUGCACCUUGGCCAGGUGCCCUCCCGCAGUCCGCCUUCACGCGCUCCCCUGCCAUCGCCGUGGCACACGAGUCCGAGGAGCCUCAUGGUGGAGAAGCCGUCAUCCAGAUCCCCGGGACAGCAGCAUACACAGCCUCGUCCAUCGCGUAGUGUCUUUGAGUCGGCUUUUGGUCCCUCCGGCACCCGAUCACGGUCGCGCUCCGCCGGUCAGGACGCACUGAGGAAGCUGCAAAAGGCGCUGCCGUCGUUCAGCACGCCUUCACAUCUGCGCCCUGCCUUCUCCACGUCCUUCUUUUCCUCCAAUCAUGGCGACAAGCCAAAAUCAUCCGCGGGCAGUUCACCGACAGCCGGCACACCACGGCCCAUGCGAAGGCGCACAGGUUCCAGCCCGCUGACCACGGGAUCAUCCACCUUGUCCUCCUUUGCGAAUGCCCCUCGACCUGGAACCCUGCGCCGCGUCACGUCGGACGAGAGCAUCCUGUACCACAGCCUCUCGCGUGCCUCUUCACUAGGAGACGACGAGCAAUUUCAGGAUGUGCGGGAGAUGGUCAACAUGCGCUUCAAGGCCAUCCGGGAAAGCCUCCCGGAUGUCCCCAACUUUAGGAUGCCGAGCUUACCCAGGCUCCACACGCCGUCCUUCAUGUCCAUGAACUCGCUGUCCGACGGUCUGGGCGGGAACCACACCUUGUCGGAGACCACGCCCGUGGAGCGCGACUCGUUUGGGCCGGCCCCCGCCGCGUCCGCGACGCCGAAGGAAGGUCAGACGGAGCUGGACCUGGUCCUGGAGGAGCUGACGGGGGACGUGGUGGUCAUGGGCGGAUUUCGGGGCUCGGUGCUGCGGUCGGCAGAGCCCCCCUACCAGCAGUGCUGGGCGCCGGUCAAGCUGGGCUUCAACAUGCGCAAGGUCAACCUCGAGGUCGGGCUCCGGGACUCGGACGAGGAUUGCAUGGAGGAGACGAUCAAGCCGUCCGGGAUGCUGUCGCACAUUGGGCCCAUUGAUAUUUCGCGGAAGCUGUUCAAAAAGCUACGCCACUGCGAGAAUGCCAAGAACGGCACGCUGAGGGUAUGGGACUACGGCUACGACUGGCGGCUCAGUCCGCACAAGCUGUCGAGGCGACUGCUCGACUUUCUGGAGACGCUCCCCUCGAACCAGCCAGGGACACCGGCCGACGCGAGAGGUGCCUUGGUGAUUGCCCACAGCCUGGGCGGCAUGAUCACCCGCCACGCCGUCAACCAACGGCCAGACCUGUUCUCCGGCGUCCUCUAUGCCGGCGUCCCACAGCGAUGCAUCAACAUUCUGGGCCCGUUGCGCAAUGGCGACGUGAUCCUGCUCAACGAGAAGUUGUUGACCGCGCAGGUCAACUUCAGCAUGCGGACCUGCUUCGUCUUCUUGCCGGAGGACGGGUUCUGCUUUGUCGACAAGGACACGGGCGAGUCGUAUCCCAUUGACUUUUACGACCCGGAACAAUGGGUGAAGUGGGCCCUCAGUCCCUGUGUGCGACCAGCGCUGCCCGCCCUGCCCAAGUCACCGGCCCCGGGCGCCAACGGCACAUCAUUCUCGUCGCUGCUGCCCAACUCACUACGGACGCGCGCUCGUGCCGAGAGCAAGCCAGACAGAUGGUUCGCGACGAACGGCGGCGCCACGGAUCCGGCGACGAACACAAUGAGCGGGCACAAAGACCGAACCAUAGCGCCUCAGCUGAACCCCGGCACCGAGCCCACGACGACGUCGGACGAGUCCAGUGAACCACCACCAGCGCCCAAACUAUCCGACCCCGAGCGACAACGCUACCUCCAGUAUCUAGGCCGCACGCUGGCCGCGACGCGGACCUUCCGCGCCGAGCUAGCCCACCGCGAAGAGCACCAGUCCGACAACGCAUACCCCCCGUUCGCGCUCAUGUACGGGAAGAACACGCCGACCGUAUACGGGGCGCAGGUCCACGGGCGGGACGGGAUCCCCCGCACGGACGCGUACGACGACCUCCUCUUCCGGGCGGGCGACGGCGUCGUGCUCGCCAAGGAGUCCAUGCUGCCCGAGGGCUAUGCCUGCGUCAAGGGCGGGAUGGUGCGGACGGAGCGCGGACACAUUACGAUGCUGGGGGAUAUGCAGGGCGUGGGGCGCGCGCUGGGUGCGCUGCUCCGGGGGCGGAAGAAGGGGAUUGGCAAGGGGGUAGAGACCUUGAAUGAAGUAAAAUGA